AUGUCCGCCAACACCUGGAAGUCCAUCUCAGAGCGCAAGUUGGUGGAACGGGAUGGGAAAAUACCUACUGAAUGGUGCAUUCCAUCCGACAAGUUACCGUCUGCAUCUGUACGCGACGUGAUACCUUUCGCGCGCGAGUCUGGCCUCUUCACGGCUCGAGAGCUCGAGAUUACCGAAUCACUCGCGACAGACAUUGUGACGCGGAUUACUGAAGGACAGUGGUCGUCUUUGGAGGUCACAGAGGCGUUCUGCAAACGCGCGGCGGUUGCACAGCAGCUCCUGAACUGUCUGUCAGAACCGAACUUCGACGCUGCAUUAGCGCGCGCGAAGGAGCUUGAUGCUUACCUUGCCGAGCACAAGAAGCCCAUCGGGCCCCUCCAUGGUCUCCCGAUCUCACUCAAAGACCAGUUCCGUAUUAAGGGUCUAGAUGCUACAAUGGGAUAUGCUGGCCAGGCUUUUCAACCGUGCACCGAGGAGUCUACCCUCGUUCAGCUUCUACACGAGGCCGGUGCGGUCAUUCACACGAAGACUAAUGUGCCGACCACUCUUAUGGCCGGUGAGACCGUGAACAACGUCUUUGGUCGUACUGUCAAUCCCCACAAUCGUGAGAACAUUCCUGGCGGCUCCUCCGGAGGUGAAAGUGCUCUCAUCUCUUUCCAUGGUAGUCCUCUCGGCGUCGGUACAGACAUCGGUGGUUCUAUCCGUUCACCAGCUUCGUUCACUGGACUAUGGGCUUUGCGUCCCAGUAUCGGGCGUGUACCCUACAGAGGCGCCAAUAACUCUUUCCUCGGCCAAGAGGCCAUACAAUCCACCGCAGGUCCUCUCUGUCAUUCGCCCGCCGACAUCCGCCUCUUUAUGCAGAGCCUGAUAUCUACGCAACCCUGGCUACACGACCCCGGCUGCCUCCCCAUCCCAUGGCGCUCCGAAGCCGAGACCCUCUCAGAGAAACUCUGCUUCGCCGUAGCGACAGGCGACGACGUCGCAGACUCGCUCCCGCCUCUACGUCGCGCAGUCGCACUGACCCGCGAAGCGCUCGAGCGCGCAGGGCACAGGGUCAUCGAGUGGACAUGGGCCGACCGUCAAUGUGCUCGGGCGCGCGACAUCGUCAUCAAGAUGUGGAGCGCGGAUGGUGGGGAGGAUGUGAGGCGGCAGUUGGAGGUUACGGGCGAGACACUUCCCGAGGAGAUCGUCGUCAACCCAAAAGGGACGCCGCAGACUGUUUUUGAGACGUGGCAGAACCAGUAUGCUGCUGCAGACUUCAAGGCAGAAUUCCUGGCACAAUGGCAGGCCACGGCUGCGGUCACCGGGACCGGACGACCCAUUGACGGUCUGAUCAUGCCGUGCACUCCAUUCCCCGCCAAACCUCACGGUGGGCGCUACCCAUGGUUCUACACUUCCCUCGUACCUCUUCUCGACGUAUCUUCCGGCGUGUUCCCCGUCACUCGCGUUGACCAAGAGCUUGACGUCCCUCGCGCUGGCUACGAGCCUUUUGGCGAGAUUGACAAGCGCGUACACGAUUCCUACGCCGGCCCGGAGAAGUAUUGGAACGCGCCCGUCGGGCUGCAGCUCAUUGGGAGAAGACUCGAAGAAGAGAAGAUCGUUGGAAUGCUUUCCGAGAUCGAGAAGGCUUUGAAGGCCGCAGAUGUACAUCCCUAA